AUGUCGCUGCAAUCCGCUCUCAUUGGUUUCCUUAUAUCGCGGCUGCUACCGCGACCAAUGACCCCACAGGAGAACAUUGUUCUGCAGACCACGGCCGUGGCGACGGGAACUAUGCCUCUUGCUGCGGGAUUCGUAGGCAUUCUACCGGCUCUCGGUCUCCUGGAUGAAGAAAGGGACGGUACCCCUCCCGUGCACCUAUCAUGGGUUGCGGCUAUAGGAUGGUCCUGCGCAGUUGCGUUCUUCGGGGUCUUCCUCUCUCCUCCGAUCCGGAAACAGGUGAUUAUUGAGGAGCAACUCCCUUUCCCUUCGGGCACGGCGACUGCCCAGCUUAUCUCGGUCCUGCAUCAACUGCCGCCGCCCGAUACCACCAUCCGGAGGCGCCACACAGGCUACCGGGCUUUGACGGUCGAAGACGCGGACGAGCACGACCAUGCGUAUGAAGGACCACUGCCUGACACACCCACCGUCUCCGACAUCGUUGAAUCAGCCGACCCGCCCGUGCGCGAGUAUGUCCAGCAGGAGAGCUGGGUGGCCUUGUUCUGGAGCUUUGUUGCUUCGGGCGUUAUGACUCUUGCAGCGUACUUUUUUCCCAUCGUUUUCUCAAUACCUCUAUUCGGGAACUACCUAGCCAGGGAAUGGCUCUGGUCUUUCACACCCAGCCUUUCGUACAUCGGUCAAGGUAUCAUAAUGGGCUUCCCCACCACGCUCAGCAUGAACCUCGGCAUGCUGGUCGGCUGGGGUGUGCUGUCCCCGCUCUCAAAAUACAACGGCUGGGCCCCGGACGCGGUGGGCGACAUGACCGCCGGUGCGCGCGGCUGGAUCCUCUGGACGUCCCUCGCGAUCAUGUGCGCAGACAGCUUCGUCUCGCUCCUCCCCGUCGUCGCCGAGUUCGUCGCGAAGGAGAUGCGUAUACGCAGGCGUCGCGCCAGCGGGGUGCACGUGUCGGAGCAUGAUAAAGAUGAUAACGAGGUGGAGACAGAGGAUAGGCUGGUGCCGAAUAGCUGGGUGCUGUGGGGCCUCGGGGCGAGUGUUGUGCUGGGCAUUUUCCUUGUGUGGUUUAUUUUUGGGAAAGAGGGGAUCACGCCAUGGGCUACGGUGGUAGGGUUCAUCAUGGGCGGGCUGCUCAGCAUCCUGGGAGUGCGUGCUCUUGGGGAGACAGAUUUGAACCCUGUCAGCGGACUGGGUAAGAUCAGCCAGCUACUCUUCGCCAUUAUUCAGCCCGGCAAUAUUGUGGCGAACAUCAUCGCUGGUGGAGUGGCGGAAGCCGGCGCGCAACAGGCGGGUGAUCUGAUGCAGGACUUGAAAACCGGUCACCUCAUUCAUGCGUCCCCGAGGGCGCAAUUCUACGGGCAGCUGAUCGGCUCGGCUUUGUCUAUUGUCGUGACGUCCACUGCAUACAGUCUGUACAGCAAAGCGUACGCAAUACCAGGGCCGUCAUUCCCCGCACCGACAGCGUACGUCUGGCUCAGCCUAGCACGUUUGCUUCGGGAUGGCCAACUACCAGCGAAGAGCGGAGUGUUCAUGCUUGCUUUCGCAAUCGUAUUCGGCGCAGUAGCCGGCUUCAAAACCUACGCCGUGCGUCACCAGCUGCCCUACUCCAAAUGGAUCCCCUCCGGCGUAGCGUUCGCCAUCGGCUUCCUCAACACGCCCUCGUUCUCCCUCGCCCGGUUGGUCGGGGGCAUCACGGAAUACGUGUACCAUAGACGCGUCGUCAAAGACGGCCACGAUAUCAGGUUGAUAAUCAUAGCGAGCGCGAACAUGUCUCGCGUGGCGCUGGCAAGCAUCCCUGCCUUGACCUUCUACAAGGACGAGCUCACCGCAGCCCGACGAGGCGACCCUAUUCCGCAAUUGACAUGCAUAGGCAAGGCUUGCCGAUUUUACACGCCCGAUGUUGUGAGAUGUACGAACUCGGGCGGCAGCGGUACGGACGUGGAUUGGAAAUGUGAAGCGGAGUUGCCGGAAGCCCUGCGUUUUGGGAGAGUGCAAGUGUCCUGUGAAGGAUGGUCGGGGCCGGGUGACCCGUAUGUCCUCAAAGAAUCAUGCGGAUUGGAAUACCGCCUAGUCGAGGUUCCGGGAGCCCUUCGCAGCGAUAGAGAUGGAACUCGCAUGCCCUCCCGACUGGCGCAAUCAUUUAGCGCUGAUAACAUCGCGAGCACUGUCUUCAUGAUUCUGUGGCUCGCAUUCCUUGUCCUGAUACUGUACAACAUACUCAAAAACUGUCUACGCCGACCCGGCACCACGGGACCAUCCACCCCUAGGGCUCCAGGCUGGGGCGGAGGCUGGGGUGGUGGAGGCACCAACUCCUGGUUCAACUCCGGCCCUCACGACCCUUCAGAUCCCCCUCCACCCUACAGCAAGUCGCCCCAACAGCCUUCCUCCGCAGACUCCACCUGGGGUGGUUACAGACCUGGAUUCUGGACGGGGGCAGCCCUCGGUGCCCUUGGGACAGGAUUGUACAACAGGAUGCGAGAUCCUGGCGACCGCCCACGCGCUCAGGCGUACGACUGGGAGAGGGAGAGGACAGCUCCACCGGGCGUCUUUGGAGGGUCGAGGUAUAGUACCCCUGGGUUCGCUGGUGUGCGACGCCCGAAUUCCAAUUAUGAUGAUCGCGGCGAGGGAUCAUCCUCCGGCUUAGGGUCUAUGAGGCGUAGUACGGGCUAUGGCGGUUCCUCAGUGCGAUGA